AUGAUCGUGGCCAACACGAGCCGAGGCGGCUGCGCGCAGCUCGGCCUCUCUCUGUGCGCCGCGGACGAGCCGCCGCAGGAGGGGGGCGCCUCACAGCGGACCACCCUCAGCCCCACGGGCCACUUGGUGGUCGCUGUGUGUCUGGGCUUCAUCGGCACGUUCGGGCUCGUGAACAACCUGCUGGCGCUCGUGCUGUUCUGCCGCUACAAGCCGCUGCGCUCCCCCAUCAACCUGCUGCUGGUGAACAUCUGCGCCAGCGACCUGCUGGUGUGCGUCCUGGGGACUCCGCUCAGCUUCGCCGCCAGCACGCAGGGCCGCUGGCUCCUGGGGGAGGAGGGCUGCGUGUGGUACGGCUUCGCCAACUCCCUCUGUGGCAUCGUGUCCUUGAUCUCCCUGGCUGUCCUCUCCUAUGAGCGCUACAGCACCAUGAUAACCCCCACAGAGGCGGACGCCUCCAACUACCGCAAGAUCUCCCUGGGCAUCCUCCUCUCCUGGGUUUACUCCCUUUUAUGGACCCUGCCGCCACUCUUUGGCUGGAGCCACUAUGGUCUAGAAGGUCCAGGAACCACUUGCUCCGUUGAUUGGACAGCCAAGACAGCGAACAACAUAUCGUACAUCAUCUGUCUGUUUUUCUUCUGCCUUAUUGGACCUUUUCUGGUGAUUGUCUUCUGCUAUGGGAAGCUGCUGUACGCAAUCAAACAGGUGAGUGGGAUCAAUGCAUCACUGAGCAAAAAUCGAGAGCAGCGUGUGCUGUUCAUGGUGGUGGUCAUGGUGAUCUGUUACCUACUGUGUUGGCUUCCAUAUGGGAUUAUGGCCCUGUUGGCAACCUUCGGACCUCCAGGCCUGGUCACACCUGAGGCAAGCAUCAUCCCUUCAGUGUUGGCUAAAACCAGCACCGUUAUCAACCCAGUCAUCUAUGUCUUCAUGAAUAAACAGUUUUACAGAUGUUUUCGAUCCCUGGUGGGAUGUGAAGCCCUUCGACAAGGCUCCAGCCUUAAAUCCUCCUCCAAGCUUUGCACCAAGGUGAUGAAGGGUGCAGCAAGGACUGGCCACCACCAAACCAACGGUUUUCUAUUUAUGGUAGCCUCACUGGGUCAACCAGCCCUCAGCAUGCCCCAGCUGGCCCUGUCCUGUGAACCCACAAUUGACAUCACCAAAGGUCCCUCUUCUGACAAGCCUGUUGUCGUAUCCCUGGAGGCCCACUUGGAUGGUUGA